GAGGCUCCGGCCAAGUCGGCGCAGGCGCACUGGCUUCGCGUGACUGAAGGGCGCCCGACUCAGGUAUUGAGUUGCUGCUGAUUUUCAUUUCCUCCGAUGUCCUGGAACUCAAAUGUGCAAACCUAGCUGAUCCUCCUACCUCUGGCUCCCAAGUGCCGGGAUUAUAAAUAUGCCUCAGCGCCUAGCACUAUUGACUUAGUAGGGAUCAAGACAAGGAAUUGAAGGAAAAAAAAAAAAAGCCUGCUCUCCGAUGUUGCCUGUGAGAUUGCAAUUGACUUGUUUCAGGGUCUCUCCUGUGUCCUGAAAUAGUAACAAUAUCAAACAUCCACCAGGCUCAUGGCCUGUGCCAAAAACUAUUGUGAGAAUUUUUUCUACCUUUAAAAAAUUCUCACAGUAAAUGUACAAGGCUAAUCUGGUGGUUAUAUCAUUUCAUGAUGAAACUCUAGCACACAGGUAGCUACAGAUGUGCCAGGCUGCAGGAAGUGGCCAGUGGAAGUUGGUUUAGAGCCCAGACUGCCUUAACUAGAGCCUGUGCAUGCAUAACUGGAUGCUAUCUCCACAACAGGCUGGUAACAUUUUCAUAAUCAGAAGAAUAUGACUUUCUGUUGUUGCUGCUGCUAUUGCUUUUUUGUCUGUUUUGUUUGUUUUCAUAUUUUUUUAAAAAGGUCUCUCUACAUAGCCCUUACUGUCCUGGCACUCACUAUGUACCAGACUGGCCUCACACUCAGAGAUCUGCCUGUCUCUGCUUCUCAAGUACUAGAGAUUAAAUGCAUCUGCCACUAUACCCAGAUGGAUUUCUUUAAGUGGUACUGUGAUGUGCUGGGCUAAUAGACAUGGAAGGAUCCACAUCUUGGAUCCCGUGCUGAGAACCCAGUUAACCGUCAUCCCAUGUGACUCAUUUUUCUCCAGGUGCCAGGGUGUCAUGGAAGGUCUGCUGACAAGAUGCAGAACACUGUCUGCCUUGGCUGCCUGCAGCCUCCGUCACUCCAGUUACCUCAUCCACAAGUGUUACCAUCGUGCGCCGGGGAGAGGACAGCGCUUGGUAUUAUCCCGCAUGUUCCAGCCUCAGAACCUUCGGGAAGACCAGGUGCUUUCUCUGGAGGGCAGAGCUAGCGACCUGACCUGUAAGAGCCAGCGGCUGAUGCUGCAAGUGGGCCUGAUCCUUCCAGCCAGCCCUGGCUGUUACCACCUCAUGCCCUAUACAGUGCGUGCCUUGGAGAAGCUUGUGCGGGUGAUAGACCAGGAGAUGCAGGCCAUCGGUGGGCAGAAAAUCAACAUGCCCAGCCUCAGCCCAGCUGAGCUGUGGCGGGCCACCAGCCGCUGGGACCUGAUGGGCAGGGAGCUGCUGAGACUGAGAGACAGGCACGGCAAAGAGUACUGCUUGGGACCGACUCAUGAGGAAGCGGUUACAGCCCUGGUUGCCUCCCAGAAGAAACUUUCCUACAAGCAGCUCCCCUUGUUGUUGUACCAGGUUACAAGGAAAUAUCGGGAUGAGCCCAGGCCCCGGUUUGGUCUUCUCCGUGGCCGGGAGUUCUAUAUGAAGGACAUGUACACCUUUGAUUCCUCCUCUGAGGCUGCCCAGGAAACCUACGGCCUGGUGUGUGAUGCUUACUGUAGGCUGUUCGACAGGCUGGGGUUGCGAUGGAUGAAGGCCAGGGCAGAUGUGGGCAGCAUCGGGGGCAUGAUGUCCCAUGAAUUCCAGCUACCAGUGGACAUUGGAGAGGACCGCCUCGUGGUCUGUCCCAGCUGCCACUUCUCAGCCAACACAGAGAUACUAGACUUGUCACAAAAAAUCUGCCCUGACUGCCAGGGUCCACUGACAGAAACCAAAGGCAUUGAGGUGGGGCACACAUUCUACCUCGGUACCAAGUACUCUUCCAUUUUCAAUGCCCUCUUUACCAAUGCCCACGGGGAAUCUUUGCUGGCUGAAAUGGGGUGCUACGGGCUGGGAGUCACUCGGAUCCUGGCUGCGGCCAUCGAAGUUCUCUCUAUGGAAGACUGCAUCCGCUGGCCCCGCCUCCUUGCCCCUUACCAAGUCUGUGUCAUCCCCCCUAAGAAAGGCAGCAAGGAGACAGCGGCCACAGAGCUUGUGGAGCAGUUAUAUGAUGACGUCAUGGAGGCCGUGCCGCAGCUCCAAGGGGAGGUCCUGCUGGAUGACAGGACCCACCUGACCAUUGGAAACAGACUGAAAGACGCCAACAAGCUUGGCUACCCUUUUGUGAUCAUUGCGGGCAAGAGGGCCUUGGAGGACCCAGCACACUUUGAGGUUUGGUCUCAGAACACUGGUGAGGUGGUCUUCCUCACCAAAGAGGGAGUCAUGGAACUACUGACUGGCGUGCAUGUUGUCUAGGGGGCCAACCACACCUGCCCCUAGGCUUGGUGUCCACUGUAACACUGUAGUUCCCUACACUUCUGUCCUGGGUGGUUUCUCUAGAAGUGGCUUCUCGUGGAAGGGGAGAGCAUGUUUGGAAAAACUACUCCUCCCUUGUGAUGGUUCAUAUGUAGCCAUUAACUCCGUCCUCCCUGGGCUGGUUGUGCUACCAUACACCGUUCCUUUUACAUGUGGACACUUCUGUUAGGAGGGCUGAAAGGUGGCAAAGAGACCCAGGCCACUUCCCCUUGAGCUGAGUUUCUGGGUGUAAGAUGAGAAUGGUUGAAAGCUGGGGACAUGCUUCCCCAAUCCCACCCCACAGUCUGAGCACACACCUUGCAUUUCAUUCAGUCCAGUUAGCGGGGCUAGCAGCCCUUCUCUGAGAAGCUGGGAGCCACAGAGUCUGGAACCUGGCUGCUGCUAAUUCACUGGUGACUCGACACACCCACACCCCUGCUGGGGCCUGGGACUCCCCUCUGGAUGUGGAGAUGGAGUUGGGUCUGUGAGGUCCUAGGGCUCUCACUGAGCCUCCACAAGACACAUGGAUCCGGUCGCUCAUGCCUCUGAACUUCCUCAGAAGUUGUCAUAAUUGCCAGGUGGCCCAAAGCUACCUCCAGAUACCUGACCUUACUGGGUAACUUCAGCACUGACAUCAUGUUCUGUUGAUUGAAUAAAGUCAAGCCUUUGGGGUGAA